GGACGGUCGUGUCGGUCGUGUGCCGUUGAUUUUUCUCUUGGGUGUGUUUAUGACGUGAUUUAAUUGUUAUUAGCAUAUAACUGGACUUGUCAUUAACAGUAAACAGUGGCGAUAAGCAAAGUGUUAAUAUGUUGCGGUAUUUAGUGGAUACAUUUUGGGAUGAAGAUGUGUGGUUGCCUCCAAAUACUACCUGGGAGGAUUUGGCCCCAGGGCCUGAUAAACCUGUGGUUUAUAACGACCACAGGCACCUUCUGUACCCGCUGCCCUUAGCAGUGGUGCUAAUAGUCCUUCGGCACAUACUAGAGAAGUACUGGUUUGCGCCAUUUGGAAAGUCGUUAGGCAUAAAGAACACAAGACCAAAGAAAGCACCCAGUAACCCUAAACUAGAGUUGGCCUACCAGACAUCACCUAAAAUUAAACAUAAGCAGUUCUUUUUGAGCAAGGAUGAGAUAUGCGCGCUAGCCAAGCAACUAGACAUGUCAGAACGGCAGGUCGAGCGCUGGUGGCGCCUCCGUCGGUCCCAGGACAAGCCCUCCACGCUAGUCAAGUUCUGCGAGAACGCGUGGAGAUGUACCUUCUAUCUGUACAACUUCUCCUUCGGAAUGUUCAUCCUAUGGGACAAGGAUUGGCUGUGGGAGAUAGAUAAUUGCUACAUCGGUUAUCCGCAUCAGGGUCUAACGAACGACGUGUGGUGGUACUACAUGAUCUCCUCAGCCUUCUACUGGUCGCUCACCAUGUCCCAGUUCUGGGACGUCCGCCGCAAGGACUUCUGGCAGAUGUUCGUCCACCACCUGGCCACCAUCAUGCUGUUGUCCUUCAGCUGGGUCUGCAACCUUCACAGGAUAGGGACGCUGGUGCUACUGUCACAUGACUGUGCGGAUAUAUUUUUGGAGCAAGCGACCAUUGCGACGCGCUUGUGGCGCCGGCGAACAUUUGCGGCAAAGGCCACGAAGUACGCCGGCUACCAAAGGUUCUGCGACUGCGUGUUCGCUGUGUUCACUGUACUCUGGAUCGUGACGAGGUUGGGGAUAUACCCCUUCUAUAUUAUUUGGAGUACAGUGAUCCGCGCGCCGAUGCUGGUCCCAAUGUUUCCGGCCUACUACAUCUUUAACUCUCUACUGUGCCUACUACUAGCCCUGCAUAUGGUCUGGACGUGGUUGAUUCUCCAAGUCGCAUAUAAGACUAUUAAGGCUGGCCAGAUGGAGGGCGACAUUCGCAGCUCGAGUUCAGACAUCAGUGACAGCUCGCAUUACUCCAAUCACAGCACGCCCAACCGGGUCAACAACAAAAAAGACACAUAGAGCACGGCGCGCCGCGCGCAGUGGGCGCGCUCCUGACUGCUGACAACAGGUUGUACUCGUACGUACCGCAUACCGGCCACUUUUGACACUAAGAUGUUUCGACACCAUACUCCUGACUGCUGUUUGACGACACGGUUGUAUAUGUCGCAUACCAGCUACUCUCACGAUUGUUUCCAUACCGGUUUACUAACACAAACCGGUUAAAUUUAUAUACCAUAACAAAAAUCGGUUUAUUAAUGUAGCGAAUUAAAAUUGGGUUUUAAAAAACUGGAUUAUUAGGACACAGCCUGGUUUUAAUUUGACCACAUAUUGUCUAUUUUGACUUUGUUAUUUGUAUCUAAAAACGAACUGACGAUUACGAACUGUUGUAUUACAAUAGACAAUGUCUCUGUUAAUAAAAAUCAAAAUAUUUAAUCAAAUAAUUUGAUUUGUUUCAUGGUUGUAUUUAAAUAUUGUAUUUGUGCUAUAGGCCUGCUACUCGCCGCUCCCCCCCUGCUUGGGGAACCGAUUGAGUUAAGCAGUAGGACUGUAGGAUUUGACAUAAAACAUUUAAAAACUGUUUUUUUUUUAGUUUAUUGGAUCCGUGACGUCCUUAUUCAAUUAAUUCUUAACAAAACCUUUUGAUUUACCUCAGCAUUUUCCAUUUUCGUGUACAUAUAAUUUUACUCGUAUCGUACUUAAAUUACAUCUUUUAAUUUUUUUGUACUUCGUAUUGUACCUUAGAGUUGUUAACACAUUGAAUAAACGGCUGGUGUUCCGAUAUUCUUAAUUAAGUGUCAAUGCAGAUACGUGUUUCUUAAUAUACCUACAUAUAUAAUUAUAAUAAAAGCAUUCUUCUACUUGAACAAAACGUAGAUAUUGAUGAUAAAAUAACAAAAUGGCUUGUUAGGUAGGUAUUUUAAUAACGUCAGUGAAAGAGAAUUAAUUAUCAUUAAUUUAGUUUUUAAUGCUACAUAUUAAAAGGGUGGGGUUGCAGUAACUUUAUCAAUCCAUAAAAACUGACCCUUAUUACUUUAUCUAAAUUAUAAAAUUGUAAAGUAACCAAAAAUUUAUCUUAAUAUUAAUUAUACAUAGGAAUUCGCACGAUUGCCUUGCCUUGUUAAAGGUAUUUCGCAUA